UAGGACUGUCACGGAAAUGACGCAGAAAUCCGAAGAGUUUUCCCGCGGUUAGUGUCUUCAGUCGAAGCUGUAGUGUCACAAAAACGGCAUAAUGGCGAGCGUUUACGAAUCUCCAAAAACGCGUAUCAACACCAGUAUGCUCUCCCAGUACAUUAACAGACCUGUCUGUUUUGUUGGACGACUUCAGAAGGUGCACCCGACAGGAAAAUCGUUCACUCUGCUGGACGGAGAGGGCAAGAUGGCAACGGUGGAACUCAACGACCCGCUGGACGAGGAGCUGAGCGGGGUCGUGGAGGUCAUCGGCGUGGUUUCGGGCAAGGCCACGGUCACCGCGACAGAGUACACCGUGCUCCGGGACGACAAGGGCAAGCCCUUCGACCUGGAGGUGUACAACGAGGGUCUGAAGAUAAUCCAUGACUUCCCGCAGUACUACCCCUUCGAGGUCGCGACCAGCAGCUGAAAGCUUCCGGCUGUCUCUCCUUUUCCCAGAAUCCUCACCUUGUUUCUCUCUUUUUUUUUUUUAAAUCACAAUGCAGCAGUGGAGUUGUGUAGAGGUUCCCCCCCCUUCCAACCUUCCAACCUUCUCUUUUUCUUUUUUUUUAAACUAUUUUUGCUACAUCUGUCUAAUAUUCUUGUGUAAAAUAUGGUACAUUAUGUGUAAUAUACGACAGUAAAAUUUGAAAAUACCACGG